AUGAAGAACCCGCGAGAGCUCGCAGAUCGCUCAAAGUACUGCCGAUUUCAUCGACAGCACGGGCAUGACACGGAGCAGUGUUACGAGCUGAAAAGACAAAUCGAGGAGCUCAUCCUCAGAGGCCAUCUCGGCCAGUACCUCCGGCCGAGCAAAGAGCAGUCUCCUCGUCCGGAGGGCCCCGUUGAGCGACACAUCGAUGUCAUAGCCGGGGGCCCCGCAUCCGGAGGAAGUUCUAUGUCGGGCAGGAAGGCCUACGCCCGGGCCGCCCCCGAUGAAGCCUCGGGACGUGAGCCUGAGCCCGAGAUCACCUUCCCAACCGGAGUCGCUGAGCGACCCCACCACGACGACGCCCUGGUAAUAUCGGCCAGGGUAGCCAACGCGCAAGUAAAAAGAAUCAUGGUCGACACGGGGAGCUCGGCCGACAUACUCUACUUUGGCGCCUUCUAG